CUCCAACAAAACAACAAAACAAUCAGAGGAUACCUCGUUCCGAGAACAAGACAGCAAGUCCGCGCACAAGGUCUUCCAAUAGUUGUUUAUCUUUCAAGCAUUCAGCCAGGAUCCGACUCCCCCUAGACUAACGAUAAAUAGAAGGAGCCUGGUGGUAGUCUAGGUGGUGGUGGUGGUGCAGUGGGAACAAGCUAAUUUAGAUCGAAGUCAUCUAUAAUCUAGUGAUCUAGUGGGGGGCCAACACCUUCUGUAUCUUUGUUGGCAGUAUGCGGCUGCCCAACCAAGUGCCGACCCCGCAAUUUGGACAAACUUUCCAGGAAACAGUGACUCGACUUCCUUUGGCAUAAUUUUAUUUGGUCCCUAAGUUUUACAAAGUCAGUUAAAUCAUGCUCACAACCUUCGAAUCCUUCCCCCGGCUACCGGCCGAAAUCCGCCUGAUGAUCUGGCGACUAUGCCUCCCCUCCCGCAUCCACGAACUCGACUACCCCUUUAACCUGAUAUUGUACUCACGAGACCGGGCACCCUGUGAGUUCCAGGACGGGGCGUGGAUCAACGGAUUUCCUCCACUUCUCAGCGCCGUCUGCCGCGAGUCGCGCGCGGUCGUGCUCGAGAAUGGCCACUUCCCGGAACGAUUCGCCCCCGACGGGGAAGAAGGGCCCGGCUGGUGGGCGAGCACCUCGUACGUGAGGUCGUGGCUCGAUCCCGCCCGGGACCGCGUGCACCUGAACUGGACCCCGGCGUAUGAGGCGGAGUUCUGCAAAAACUCCGAUGAGGGCUCGCCUCUGGAGUACCUCGCCUGGCGGGCGGCUCAGAUCACUUCCAUUCCUCCAGAGACUGGCUACGCGUCAUUUAUGGAGGAUUGGCUCUACGUCGCCGACACCGCCACUCCGCCCCCGGUGCUGCGGGAGAUCCUCUCGCGGUUUGCAUGCUGGCGGGUUGUCGUGCGGGUGAUGGUCGUCCAUGCGGACCGGCGGACCGGGGCUGAGUCCGGCCUGUUCGGGCUACUCGGUGACGCCCCCGUGCAGAUCGUUGAUGUGAGUGACCAUGACCGGGUUGAAGCGUAUUGGUGUCUGGCGGAGGCGCAAAGGCGGUACGAUCCGCACGAGCAGGAUUUCGAGAGGGUCGAGGCUGAGGCUGUCGAUCGGGAAGUGCAGGCGCAGGCGAAAAAGAUGUUCGGGUCGGAGGCGCUCCCGUUCAUGCUGAAACCAGCUAUCAUGUUCCGGUGGUGCACGCAGAUCCAGGGGCAUUUGGGACAAUUGUCGGAUGGAGAGCCUGUUAAGCCCCGCGGAGGGGUGGCCUCAGGAGGCCGGGGACGAGGGAGGGGGAGCGGAAGAGGGAGUUGGAGAGGACGUGGGGCGGAGAUCUUGUGGCGGGGUCUACCCCGAUGGCCCUGA